CAUAGAUUUGCUGUAUAGCCCUGGCAACCCCAGUGUACACGGUGCGGGCGGAGAACAUGCGCGGUGCCUGGCGGGGCUGCACAGGGGGCGCUCCAUCCGUCCGCACGCCGCUGUGACUGACGGGACACCUGCUCCUCUUUCGGCCCGGGCACGGUCCCGGCUGCCCCCGUGCAGUGAUGGGCUGCUUCUGCGCCGUCCCGGAGGAAUUCUAUUGUGAAGUUUUGUUACUGGAUGAGGCUAAGUUGUCACUGACCACCCAGCAGCAGGGGGUGAAGAAGUCAACUAAAGGCUCUGUUGUCCUGGACUACGUAUUCCGUCACCUAAACCUUGUGGAGAUAGAUUACUUCGGGCUACGCUACUGUGACAAAAACCAUCAGACGUACUGGCUGGAUCCAGCAAAGACUAUUUCAGAACACAAAGACUUGAUUAGCACUGGCCCUCCCUAUACUCUUUAUUUUGGGGUUAAAUUCUAUGUUGAAGAUCCGUGUAAACUGAAGGAAGAGAUAACUAGGUAUCAGUUCUUUUUGCAAGUGAAACAGGAUGUUUUACAAGGUCGGUUGCCUUGUCCUUUUAACAUUGCCGCUCAGCUUGGGGCCUAUGCCAUACAAUCGGAGCUCGGUGACUACGAUCCAUACAAGAACCUUGCUGGUUACGUGUCAGAAUAUCGCUUUGUGCCCGACCAGAAGGAGGAGCUAGAAGAAGCCAUUGAACGUAUACAUAAGACACUAAUGGGUCAGGUACCUGCUGUAGCGGAAUCAAAUUAUUUGUCAGUUGCCAAAUCCCUUGAAAUGUAUGGAGUUGACCUUCAUCCUGUCUACGGGGAAAACAACUCUGAAUACUUUUUAGGUCUCACCCCAGUAGGACUGGUUGCAUACAAGAACAAGAAGCAAGUGGGAAAAUAUUUCUGGCCUAGAAUUACAAAAAUUCAUUUCAAGGAGACACAGUUUGAACUGCGAGUUCUUGGAAAAGAUUGCUCUGAAACCUCAUUCUUUUUUGAAACCCGGAACAAGGUGGCCUGUAAGCAUCUGUGGAAAUGUUGUGUGGAACACCACACGUUCUUCAGGAUUCCUGAAAAUGAUCCAAACACUCUGACGAGUAAGCUUAGCAAACUUGGCUCCUUAGGCUCCAGACAUCGGUACAGUGGUAGGACUGCCUCACAAAUGUGCAGAGACCUGUCCAUCCAGCUGCCCCGGCCUGAUCAAAGGGUGGAGAGAAGCCGGAGCAAAACUUACCCCAAAAGAACAGCUCUCACGCAGCAGCCACCAGGGUCAAAAAAUUUAGAACAGAUAAUGACAAAUGGAGAAAAUGCAGAAAAUGAAGGCACAACCAAAAUUUUUGCCCCUUCGCCCAUAAAAAGUUCCAAGAAGGUCAAACAAGACAACAGCCCAGACACCCAAAGAAGUAAAGCAAGUGCCCCCUGGGAAGGCAACGGCUCUGCGAGUGGUCUGUAUAAUUCUCCCAAUGACCGCACUAAGUCACCAAAGUUCCCCAGCCCUCGACGGCGCAAUCAGUCUGGGAGUGAGAAUGAGUCCGGGCAACUUAUCAGGAGGAAAGGACAGAACAGUGGUGAGGAUUCUGAUCUCAAGCACAGGAGGAGGUCACGGUCACGCUGUAAUACCAGUAGCGGCAGCGAGUCGGAAAACUGCAACAGGGAACAUCGCAAAAAACGAAACAGGUUACGGCAGGAAAAUGACAUGGUGGAUUCUGCUCCACAGUGGGAAGCCGUUUUAAGAAGACAAAAGGAGAAGAACCAGGGUGACCCUAAUUUCCGGAGGUCAAGGCAUCGAUCUCGAUCGAGAAGCCCAGAUAUCCAAGCAAAAGAGGCAUUGUGGAAACACAUUCAGAAGGAACUGGUCGACCCCUCAGGCUUAUCUGCAGAACAAUUAAAGGAAAUUCCGUACAUGAAGAUAGAGACUCAAGGUGAUCCUAUACGUAUCAGACACUCUCACUCCCCCCGAAGCUUCCGCCAGUACAGGAAAUCACAGUGUUCUGACGGUGAAAGAUCAGUUCUGUCUGAAGUCAAUGCAAAAACUGAUCUUGUUCCACCUUUGACUGUGACACGAGCCUUGGAUACCCAUUGCACAACUGGACCUUCUUCACAGAGGCGAAACGGGUCCAAGGAUAGUUUGAUUGAAACUGGUGUUUCUCAUGGCAAGGAUGGAAAGCACAGUGUAAAAACCAUAAAAGCAGCACAGACCGCUGAAACCUGACAAUAAUGGAAAAUGGUGGUACUUCUGAACGGAUUAUCGAUGGACCAAGAACCCCCAUAAGUUCUAUUUCCAUGACAGACUAAAUGGAGGAUCUUUUCAGACCCUGGUCUCGCUGGAGCCUACAUCACAGUGAUCAUUAAUAGCAGAGUUAUUACCUGUGAGUGUUGUGGUCACUUCGCUGAAGAAAUUGUGGAAACCAAACACUCAACGACCUGAACAAAGCUUGUGUCUCAUCCAUCAGCCGCCAAUGUUACAGUGAACACCACAUGUGCUGCUCCAGUGCCAUUGUUACAAACCCCAGCUACACUUUUAUGUGGUCUGUGACGACAAAAGCCAAUCAUGUCUAGCUGCCGGAAUUUUUACACAUUUGACGUUACACAUACUUGUUUGGCACAAUCUUAGCUGUUAGUUGCUACACGGGCAUUUGGCCCAUAGAUGCUUGUAUACCAAGUGAUACAUUAUUUGUAAAAUUGUUUUUAUUUUGAGGACUUUGAAUUUAUUUUAUUCUUGCAGUAUUAAAAUCCAAAAGUAUUUAAGAAUAAAAGU